ACCGCCUGAGCCCGUCAGCCUGGCCGCCGGUCUUUCCGUGCUCCUCAGCGUCUCCCACCCUUUCAUUUUCCUUUUACCUCGGCCUGUGGCAGCUCUGUCCAGUCGCAGCCGGGCAGCGGGCACUUGCUGCCCUAACGGCAGCCCAUAGAGCUGUGCUAGAAGCGGCCUUUGCUCCUCCUCGAGCCUUAUCGGCGCGAACUGCUAGCUGCCGCCAUCAUGUCUGCUGCAAAUCCUGAGACUCCAAACUCAACCAUCUCCAGAGAGGCCAGCACCCAGUCCUCAUCAGCUACAGCCAGCCAAGGCUAUGUUUUACCAGAAGGCAAAAUCAUGCCAAACACCAUUUUUGUUGGUGGAAUUGAUGUUAGGAUGGAUGAAACCGAAAUUAGAAGUUUCUUUGCCAGAUAUGGUUCAGUAAAAGAAGUGAAGAUAAUCACGGAUCGAACUGGUGUUUCCAAAGGCUAUGGAUUUGUUUCAUUUUACAAUGACGUGGAUGUGCAGAAGAUAGUAGAAUCGCAGAUAAAUUUUCAUGGUAAAAAGCUGAAACUGGGCCCUGCAAUCAGGAAACAUAAUUUAUGUGCUUAUCAUGUGCCGCCACGUCCUUUGGUUUUUAAUCCUCCUCCUCCACCGCAAUUUCAGAAUGUCUGGAGUAAUCCAAACACCGAAACUUACAUGCAGUCUCCAACCAUGAUGAAUCCUGUAACUCAGUACGUUCAGGCAUAUCCUCCUUAUCCAAGUUCACCAGUUCAGGUCAUCACUGGAUAUCAGCUGCCUGUAUAUAAUUAUCAGAUGCCACCGCAGUGGCCUGCUGGGGAACAAAGGAGUUAUGUUAUACCUCCGGCUUAUACAACUGUUAACUACCACUAUAAUGAAAUUGAUUCAGGAGCUGAAGUUUUGUCAAAUGAAUGCUCAGUUCAUGAAGCUACUCCAUCCUCUGGAAAUGGCCCACCAAAGAAAUCUGUGGACCGAAGCAUACAGACAGUGGUAUCUUGUCUAUUUAACCCAGAGAACAGGCUGAGAAACUCUCCUGCUACUCAAGAUGACUACUUCAAGGAUAAAAGAGUGCAUCACUUUAGAAGAAGUCGGGCAGUGCUUAAAUCUGUUUGAUUUUCUCUGCUAACUUUCUAGCCUCAUGGGAAGUUGCUGGUUUUGAAUAUUAAGAAGAAGCUGAAAGUUUUUCACUAUUAUAGGAAUUUAAUUCUUAAUUUGAUAAAUCACACAGAUUUUCUGUACAAGUUAUUUUAGAUUGUCUAGUUUUAUUUUACAUUGAAACUGCUCUUUAUUAGAUGUUUAAUUAGAAACUGGUUCCAUGUUGAAUGUAUAGUUGAAAGUAAAAAAUAAUUAAGACUGAAAGGAAUAACUUUAAGAUUUAUCUGCAGAACUUUUUAAAAAUUGAAAUAGGCAUUUUAAGAGUUUAAAGCAAGUACUGAUUUUCAAAAAAAAAUAAAAAACCUGUUUUGAAAGGUCAGAAUUUUGAUGGUUUGAAUACAAGCAUUUCACUUCUCCAACAAGUACCUAUGAAUAGUACAAUAUUGUGCUUUGUGUUUAUGAUUUGUCUAGAAACUUACCACAAAAACAGAAUUUUAAAAACUGCAUUUUUAAUCAGUGGAACUCAAUAUAUAGUUAGUUUUACUGAAGACUUUCUUAUCUAAACCCAGUAAAACAGAUUCUAAACAAACAGUCCAAUCAGUGGGUCUCAGUUUAUCUAAAAUAUUUUAUCCUUUAUCUUGAAUCCACACAUCUGUAUCCUAUUUGAUUGGGAUGGUAAUUAGGAUAACUAAAAUUCUGGGCAUAAUUUUUUUAAAGAAUCCAAGGCAAACUAAACUUUACUAGGUACAUAAGCUUCUCAGUUACCAUUCUUAAUUUUUUUUCCUUCAAAUGCUGAUCUCCAUGGCUGUAUCUUAAAUUGUGUAAAAUAUUGAUAUUAAAGAACACUAAAACUUU